AGCGGUGGGGGAGGGCAGUCUGGCCUGAGGAGUGACUGGUGAACACCAACAGUGAGGAGGAAAGGAGGGGUCGGUGAGGGUGAGGGUGGUGGGUGUGGCAGAUCCUCGCCUGGCUGGGCUGGGUAAUAACCUGGGGCAGAGUAAGGUUGAGCCGUCACUGAGGAUGGUAGGUUGAGGUUACAGCAGACAGGCUGAGAGAGUGGUUUGCGAAAGGGCUGCCCCAGGAACCGCUCACUGUAAGUCUGCUGCUGCCUUGAUGAUUCCUAAAGCAACAAUGCCAAGAAGAACCUCUUCCUGAUUGAGUUCAAAGUUCUUCAACUGGACUCCUAUGAUCCUCGCUGCUCUGUAUGUGUGAGGAGUAUUGGUAUGGAGAAUGUUGCAGAGAAACCUCUUGAAGCUGCUCCUAGUCAAGUGAAGGAAGUGAGAGGGAAGCAGCAAAUCAUUAAUUCCCUCAUCUCUGGGGCGAUCGCUGGUGCUGUAGCAAAGACAACAGUGGCACCGCUGGACAGAACCAAAAUAAUAUUUCAAGUGUCUUCAAGCAGGUUCUCGGCUAAGGAAGUUGUGAAGCUGAUUUACAAAACCUACCGGAAGGAAGGCUUCUUCAGCCUGUGGCGAGGGAACUCGGCCACCAUGGUCCGCAUUGUCCCUUAUGCUGCACUUCAGUUCUGCUCUCACGAACAAUUCAAACACAUUCUGGGAGCCUACUACGGAACCCAUGGCAGGCCGCUCCCUCCCCUACCACGGCUGCUGGCUGGUGCAAUGGCAGGUAUUACUGCCACCACACUGACCUACCCACUGGAUCUAGUGCGGGCACGAAUGGCUAUAACCCCCAAGGAAAUGUACGGUAAUAUUUUGCAUGUUUUCAUCCGGAUAUCACGAGAAGAAGGAGUGAAGACGUUGUACAGUGGAUUUUCUCCCACAAUCCUUGGAGUAAUUCCUUAUUCUGGGCUCAGCUUCUUCACUUAUGAAACGUGCAAGAAACUCCAUGCAGAGUACACGGACAGACUGCACCCAUACCCCCAUGAGCGACUGGUCUUCGGAGCCUGCGCUGGGCUGAUAGGUCAGUCAGCCUCCUACCCACUGGAUGUCGUGCGGCGACGGAUGCAGACGGCAGGAGUGAAGAGCCACAAGUACAGCAGCAUUGUGGAAACCAUGAUCCAGAUCGUGAAGGAAGGUGGUCUAAUUGGUGGCCUGUACAAGGGCCUUAGCAUGAACUGGAUAAAGGGCCCCAUUGCUGUGGGCACCAGCUUCACUACCUUUGACCUGAUGCAGAUCGUGCUUCGCAAAUAUCAGGAGCACCAUACCUUGCAGAGGUAGUAACUCAAAGAUCCGGGAUUCCGGAAUCUGAGAACUGGAUCAAAAUAAUCGCUUACACUAAAGUGUCCAGAAUGGGAAUUGACAUUUAUGGACAGGUAUUUAUCAGUGGGAGUAACAGUGUCCCAUACAGUGGAGGUUGGUAGUGCUGAAAUAGCAAUUGAAGCACAUUCCACUGAGCACUGUCAAAAUAACCUGAUUUAAUAUUGAUUGUUGUUGAGGCCUCUCAGUUGCCUGCUUUUCAAUUUAAAGUUGUAAUGGGUUAAAAUAGCUCUGGAAUGCUGACUGCAUCCUGCACGGCUUCCUAGCAGCUCUGUGGGAGAGAGUGGCUCUUCUGUUGGCCCAGAUGGGAAGGGAAGUGUGCACUAAGUUGUGCACGGUGGACUGCUCCAGUUUUGUCUCCAACAGAGGGAUGAGGACUGGGAAAGUGGAGGGGAUGCCUGUUCCCUAAACCCUCUCCAGGGUGGUGACGAUGUGGCCACCCAGAGCAGCCGCUGUGCUGCUCUGUCCCGAAGAUUGAUUGCUUGAGGAGAGGUUACGCAGCCAAUGCCUUCAGGAGGGAAUUGGGGUUUUAAGUUAGAAGGGUUUGCAGGAGCUGUUGAAACAGAUUGAUGCUAGAUCUCUAACUGCACUUUUUUGGAGUUUUAAAGUAACUUCUUUUGGCAUUUCAACCACUUGCAUACUACCUGAUCUCCUGUGAAUUGGAGGAUGUGAUGUUUUUCUCUCCUGAAGGUGGUAGGGUUGCAGGGUGAGCUGAGACUUUAACUCUCUUUGAUUCAUUUACAUCGGAACAAGCAGCGAAUAUUAUUGUUUUGACUCCCUUCUCUCACUUGUGACAAAAUGUUUAGUGUUGCCAAAUAUUCAUCUCUCUUGGCUGAAAGGUUUGCGAGUAAUUGCACUAAUAACUUUAAAGGAAAGCUAUUGGGAUUUGGUUGGCUCUUGACCUGACCCUGUUUCCCUGUGUAGAACUCUAACUCUGAGCCUUCCAGGAAUCAUUAGCAUCCUCUCUUGCCUAAUGACCACCUUGAGACUCUCACCAGCUCACCUGACUGUGUGUGGCUGGGCUGUUCCGCCAGUCUUGCUGCUCUUAGAGUCUCUAACCAGACACUCUGACCUGGAAUGUGCCUUCAGGUGGCUGUGGAGGAUGAGGAGGGAGCUGGGGUGGACUCUGAUCCCAUUCACUGUCAGCUGGCUGAAAAACGUAGUCAAGGCUGUUAAAGGCGUGGGGUGAGGAAGCAGUGGGUACCUGCUAACUGUGGCUGUGCCGGCAGCAUUGAGCUGUGAACUUCAGGAGCUGAGGGUCACACGAAUGCACACUCUACUCUUGCAUGUGAAAUGUGUGGCUGCUCGACCCCGUCCCUUGUGCUGAAGGAGCCGUGUUGUCAGUAACCCCCUCUCUCCCGUCUGUAUCUGCACGUGCCGUUCACAGCCUUGGGUCAUUCUGAAGCCCUUUAUAACCAGUGAAGUACCUCUGUACAGUCACCAUUGGCAGGUAAGAAGCUGGCACACAGCAAGAUCCUACAAACAGCACCAUGAAAGUGAACAGAUCUGUUCAGUUGAGGGGUGGAUAAUGGUCUGCAUUCUGAAAAGGCAAAGGCUGUACCUCCAACUGUGCAGCACUCCCUCACUGCACUGUCAGCCUGGGUUUGGUGCCCAUCUGGAACCUGGUUUGAGCCCACAAUGGACUGAGGUAGGGAUGGUUUCCCUGAGCCACAGCAGAUGCUCUGUCAGGGAGCUGAUCUGGGUGAUUUGUUUUCUACAUAGAAUGGACCACAUCUCAGGAGCCGGGAAUGAGGGCCUGUUGCAGGGGCCUUUCUCCCGUUAUGACCAAUGGUCAGUGAACAAGGCAUCAGUGGUGCCUGCAGUAACUCAGUGACUCCAGCUUCAUGGGCACCACAGUCCAGUACUGCACAAGUGCCACCCUGGGGAGCUUUAAAAAGUUCUGCUCUGAGGGUACAAAAGAUUCUGUGCUGUGAUUUUGAAGAGAAGGUAUUAACAUUAACACCAAAAACUGUGCAUUUUAUCUCAUGGCUGUGUGUGGGAUCUUGCUGUGUGAGCUGGCUGCUGUGGUUCCACAUUGCAGUGGUAACCACCACCCAGAAGCUGCUUGUUGAGCUCAGGGUCCUGCCUUUUCCCUGGAGUGACUUCAAUUCAAAGUGUUAAACUAUAGUAAGUUGUUUCAGUGAUUUUUGUUAAUACAAAAUAAAAUUAUUUCAGUAAA